ACAACGGUGAAAAUCAUUCGGCUGCCGCAGUUUCACGGGUUUCCCAAGCGCUUUUGCAUUUAGUCGCAGAAUAAUUUCACCAAAAAAACCGUAUUAAAAGUCAUGUUUAUUCCAUAGUUAUUUGCUCAAUCGAUUGCAAUAUGUUGACCUCUAAGAUAAGUAAAGUGGGAAAGGUGGUAAUUUGCGGUGCCAAGGGCGUCGGAAAAACCACCAUUCUGGAGCAACUGAUCUACGGUAAUGUUACCAUUGAAUCGGAAAUUCACAGCACAAUUGAGGACACCUAUGUAGCAAGUGUGGACACCGGAAAGGGUAGUCGGGAUACGCUUCGCAUUUACGACACUGCCGGGCUGCAGGGAAGCGUUCAGCUACCGAGGCACUACUUAGCCUAUCCUGAUGCGUUCGUUCUGGUAUACGACCCAAGUGACCCGUCCAGCCUGGAUAUGCUGGGAGGGAUCAAAAGCGAUAUCGAUAAGUUUAAGGAUAAAAAAGAGAUUUUCAUCAUUGUGAUAGCGAACAUGCGCUCGCGACAGAACCGUUCAGCCAGUUCGUCUCCGAUCAAUUCCUCACAGCAGCAACAGCAGCAGCUGAAUAACGACGCAAUCGAAUCGAAUCUUACCCGGGCUAACAAUUGGUGCGCCCGGGAGAGAAUCAAACACUACACCGUCAAUGCUAUGGAACGAGCAUCGCUGUACGAACCGUUUGUCCAGCUCGCCAGUCGACUGUAUCCUCCUCAGACGAAGAGUAGCUUUCCGCAGCUUCGCCAGCUGACGCAGAAGACCUCCAAAGUGGACAACAGUUAAUCGUUGAAGGGUGUGUAACAUUUAGGCAUUGUAAGAGGGAACCAAAAAUUUGUUUGAAUUAAGGUCAGCUUUGUGAGUUUAGCGCUAUCGCGAAUCGAAGUAAGAAUCGGAAUGCUCCAAGUUGCAUUCCUAAAGUGAUCUAUCGCUGCAAUUAUGUCUAUAAAGUAUUAUUUAGUUUCUUUCCUUUUCCGUUAUUCGGGAAACCUGUUAGACUGCACUUUAUUGUUUAGGAGGAUCAGCAGGAAUAUCCAAAAUGCACCUUUACUUGUUUUGAG